UUAAUCUAGAAUCGGUCUGUUCCAGAAUUCUUGUUAUAAGUUGUGUUUUUUGGAUAUAGUGAAGUUACGUCUCCUAUUCAUCUCGUGGGCUGUGUCGACUGAACAAGGAAAUUGAAAUAUACAAAGCAAAAUUAGCAGCAGCGAAUGAACCACGAAAUGGCAGAUGAUUUUGGACAUCUUUGAUGCAAUGUGGUUCUAGUCAGUGGAAACUGUUACGGCUUGCGGAGUACCGUCCCGGAUCGCAAGUUCUAUUCCAGGAUGCAGAAAUGACGCUUUAAUUAAAUUUAAUCGCUGAUGCCAAAGGCGGUUCUUCGUUGGCCAAACGCAUAGCUCUCAGUUAUUCGGAAAUCAAUCGUUUCUGAUUGUUUCGCUGAAAUGCGUCGUCUUAUUGUCAUCGUGGAUAGUUUGUCCUUGGCGAGGACUUACGGUAAUCAAAGUUUUUCUUCUUUCUUCUCAGUUGUCAUUUAGUCCUUAAGGCUUGUCGGAACGAGUUAUUUGUUCCUCGCUUUACCAUUUUCACAUCGAGUACCGUUUUGCUUUAGUGAAUAAAAUUUCUUGGUCUGGGGACGGUGUCCGCCGAAUUUCUUCUGCUAAGCAAAAUGAAUCAAAUCGAUGAGAAAGCAGGUACCACACAAGUAGAAGAGACGUUCAGACCUUUGUUUGCUGAAAAUUGGUGUCAAACGCUUAGUGAGGUCACGACAACGGAUUGCGAAUGGAACAUUCAGUUUCCUUUGCUAGAAUAUUCUCCGCGUUACAUUGAAUCAUCCCGUUUUUCAUCAGGAAACUAUUUCUUUUGGAAUAUCAGAAUUUCUUCCUGGACUGAUGAAAUAUAUUUUGCCCUGCAGAUGGAAAAAGGAGGCAACGUUACCAUUUACUGUACUGUCAAAGUUUGGACUCCAAAAGAAACCAAAUCGGGCACGUCUGAAAUUGCUCCCGCUGUUCAUCAUAACCAGUUAGUUCUCACUCAGUUUGUAGAAUUUUUUGAAAACAAGACGCUGAGUGACGUCAACUUAAACGUCGGAGGACGAACAUUCCAUGCCCACAAGAUCAUCCUAGCGGCAAAAAGCAAAGUAUUUGCGGCCAUGUUUCAGCAUAAAACUGCAGAGAGUUUGUCGAACAACGUACACAUCAAAGACGUCGAUCCUGACGUUUUCCGAGAAGUGCUCCGUUACAUGUACACUGGCCGGAUGUCUUCCGAAACGCUGGACAAAAUGGCAGUCGGUGUUAUGGCGGUGGCGGAUAAAUAUUUGCUGGAUCACUUGAAAACCGAGUGUGAAACUCAUUUAUUGAACAGCAUGUGCGCCGACAAUUGUGCGGAGCUGCUUGCACUUGCCGCCCAGCCGCAUCCAGCGAUGCAUUUGAAACAGUUAGCAGUUGAUUUCCUCCGGCGUUUUCCUGCUCUUGUGAUGGCGACCGAUGGAUGGAAAAAGGCGAAAAAAGAGAAUCUCGUUUGGUCGUGUGAAUUGAUCGAAAUGUUGUGCGGACGGAAGCUUUUAGAUGUCUAGCAUUAGAUGAGAAAUUACUGUGUUGUCCGAUUGAAAGUAAACUGUAACUGUAAGAAAUUAACCUGGAAUAGAUUUGUUCCAGAAUUGUUUUUUCAGUUGUGUGUUUUUUUAUAAUAUGCUAAAGUUAAAUCUCCUGUGCAGUGUUAAGGGAACAAGGAAAUCGAUAAAUACACAGGAAAAUGAG